CAAGUGGGUGAUUAAGACCUGAUCAAACAAUAUAACCAUUGACAUUCGAAGUCGUCGCCCAAAGAGUUCAUGACUCUCAAACUCAAAGUGUAGGAAUAAUUCAUUUCACACGGUAACCAAUGACUACCACAAAAUAAGUCUUCCUAUAUAUCAAAUCCAAAACCAAUGAAAUUAUAUGUUUUCAUAUACCAAAUGACAAAUAGCAGCAUUUUAAAACUUCCAAAAUUUCUCUGACCAAACCAAUGGGAAGGCCAAAACCAGAGGACUCAAUUCGACAUUUCAGUCAUCCACAUCCAUUGUUCAACUCAUCUUUUAUUCCUCAAGACCAAUCUUCUUCUUCUUAUUGUUGCGUGGUUUGCAAGCUAAAACUCCUAAAUCUUCCAUCAUACUCAUGCAAACCUUGCAAUUUCCACAUCCACCUAAAAUGUUCCGAAUUACCUCAAAAAAUCAGACACCCUUUCGACAACAUCCAUCUCCUCUCUCUGAUCCCUUCUCCCAAAUACCAAGAAGGACGAUUCCGCUGCGACGCCUGCGGUAAAGACGGUGACGGAUUCGCUUACCACUGCGGAGACUGCGGAAUAGAUCUUCACACGGUUUGUGCCAACAUGCCUUCUCGAGUCACCCACCAAUCUCACCCUCACCACCAACUUUCUUUAACGUUUUCUGUAUCCGCUACGGCAUCUAGCUUCCGCUGUUGCGUGUGCCGUGGUCUAGGGUCUAACUCGUGGCUCUAUAGCUGCAGAGAGUGUGGUGCAUUCGAUGCUCAUUUGUUGUGUGCUAGAAGAAAACUAGCUACUCCUACAAAUAUGGUCCAACCUGUUCAAAACCGGAUGCAACCGCAGUUAAUUGGUACGACGCAUUUUGUUAAUAAUGUUCCUCCUAGCCCGGUUAUUAAUUAUAAUGCGUAUCCUUUGGUGGUGCCGACUACUACGAGUGAUAUGAUUAGACCGAUGAUUAGUGAGAUGAUUAAUAAUCUUGUAAGCAAUACGCCACAAAAUCCAAGCCAAGUCUCUCAGCUUCAUGAGUUGCUCGGACCAUUGGGAAUGGGUAGUGGCGGACCAAUUGAUGGAUCCGGUUCAUCUUCGUCUUCUGGUUUUCUCGGGUUUGAUCCGUCGGUUUUCACAUCAGUUGACCCAUCGGUGUUUGCUGGAUUUGAUCCUUCUUUGCUUUCUACUUUAUUCUCCGGACUUGAUUUCUUCUCCUAAUAAAGUGUUUUUGAUGAGUAUGCAAA